AUGUACUACUACUACUACUACUACUACUACUACUACUACUACUACUACUACUACUACUACUACUACUACUACUACUACUACUACUACUACUACUACUACUACUACUACUACUACUACUACUACUACUACUACUACUACUACUACUACUACUACUACUACUACUACUACUACUACUACUACUACUACUACUACUACUACUACUACUACUACUACUACUACUACUACUACUACUACUACUACUACUACUACUACUACUACUACUACUACUACUCUGCUAUAUUCUUGGGAUGCGCGACAGCCGAGCUUUUGACUAUCAUACAAGAGCACGCCAGCUCUAAACUAUGCAACGAUGACAGAGAUCGAAGAGAGAGAGAGAGAGACAGAGACAGAGACAGAGAGAGAGAGAGAGAGACAGAGGCAGAGAGAGAGACAGAGACAGAGAGAGAGACAGAGAGAGAGACAGAGACAGAGAGAGAGAGACAGAGACAGAGAGACAGAGACAGAGAGAGAGAGACAGAGAGAGACAGAGAGACAGAGAAAGAAACACAGAGAGACAGAGACAGAGAGACAGAGAGAGAGAAACCCAGAAACAAAAAGAAACAGAGAGAGAAAAUGAGAGAACCAAACGGUAAAGAAAAAGUGCAAAUUGUCACACUUGAACUGCACUUGUGCCACACACACAUCCCGGUUGAGCGGACUCAAACGCUCAGGGACCAGAAGAGCCGCGCUCGGGAUUGUGGGGCCCCGCGACGGCUUGAGACCGAAGAAAUGCAAUUGCUGAAACGACGACAGUCAUCGAGCGAGCAGGAAGACCCGCUCCUACACACGCCGGUUGAAAGUCUGGCGGCCAUGUGUGUGAACAAUCCCUCGGUCGUUGAGCGUUUGCUGAUAUCCUGGCCCAUGCCCAAAAAAGCGGCCGCUAUGGCCUGGCGCGACCCGAAUACCGGGGAGACGUUGUUGCACAUUGCCACUUAUUCCAACCACCUAAGCAUUGUCAAGCUUCUUUGCAAACUCAAGGUCGACAUCAAUGCGCAAAGCAAGCACCCACCACCCUCAUGCGCCACCCUGUUGAGACAGCAAGGUAGCACUGCGUUGCACUUGGCCUGUUUCAACCGUUUUGCCAACAUUGUCGAAUUUCUUUUGGCUGAGGGUGCCAAGGUCAACCUUCGCGACCAGUACAAAUGCACCCCGCUCUACGUGGCUGUGAACACCGCCGAUACCUACCUCACAAAAGCCCUCUUGCAAGCCGGAGCUGACAUUGGUAUUCCCGACCAGAACGGGUUGACGGCCUUUGGCCUCGCAUGUGUAUGUCGCCACUACAACAUCGUGAUCUUGCUGCUGCAAGCGGGUGCCGACUACAUGAACAGCUAUCAUCAUGUCUGUGUUCAACGCUACCGCGUGCAAUUCCGGACUGAGAAUGGAGAGUCCUUUCAUUCUUUGAUACUUGAGGAUGCAUACCUUCAUUUCCUUCUGCAUGAUCAUCUUCUUGAAAAGAUCAGUGACAGCACACCAUGGCUAAGAUGUGACACUCUGAUUUUGCCAACAACCCAUGAGCAGGCAUUAAGCUGCUUGCGUGAAACGACCUCUUGGCUGCUCAAGUUGCUUCCCAACUCCGAUCUUCGAAACCACCCAUUCCCCAGCCUGUCAGCUUUUCUGACCGGUGUCAGCCAACAAAACGGUCAGCUCAGCUACCUCAAUAAGGCAUUGCAACAAGCCUUACUUUGCUACGGCGCCUGGGAGCCCACGUCACCAGAAAUGGUCCUUGAUCUUCAAAAGUACAUGGCCGAGAUACAGGAUCUGAAUGAGCGGCAUCAAGUCCAAUCCAACAAGUUUGCUCAAGCCCUCGAGCGUUCGUUUGAUCCACAGACAGACAACCUUGAAGUCGUGCUUCGCGACCUUCUCGCCAUUGUCGAACACCCAGACCUUGUACCGUAUCAAUACAACGAGUGCCCUCAGCUGUUGAGUCCUAUCAGCGUGCUUGAUGACGUUGACAUCGACCAGUUGCUUUAUGCCGUUGGCCCUCGGCUCGAGAGUCAUGCACCAAUCGCUCCAGAUCCGCAUGUCCAACUGUCCCAGCUUGCCGAUGCAUGUCAUGCCGCACAACAAGUCCGACGCAUCAUGCAAGUGGCGGAGGACUGUGUAAACGGCAGCACUCAGGCACUCAUUGACGCGCUCAAGACCAUGCGCUCCGCCAUCACGCUGCUCAUGGAUCACAACCUCGAAAGCCUCGACCGAAGACACGAGCGUCAGUCCGAGUUGGCCGAGCCUAGUCACGAGCACAUUGCGUCAGCAUCGGCAUCGCUGCGUCGUGCAUUAGACCAAUUGCAAGCUCUAUGCGAGCCCAACUGUGGGUCUGUGCGUGCACUCUUUGACCCGAUCCUCAAGCAUCCAAGCUUCCCCACGCUUCUUUGCUCUGCCCGCACUUAUUGCCGCAGCGUCCUGACUGAUCACUACACAUAUCAGGCACUCCAGAAUCAAAAAGCCAAAUGCCUCCGCCGAGCCAUGCAGCUGCUGGAAAUGACUCGCUCAAGCAGGGUGGAAGCGGAUCCAAACGAAGUCGAGUCUUGGGCUGGCGGACAGUUGGAUCAGGCUGGUCCGCGAGACCCGGCACAACAACUGGGCUGUUAUUUGCAGGACUACUUGCCAGCGCUGAUGCCCUUGUUUACUCGAGGCAAGAGUGAAGACCGUAUCUUCUCGUCCACUGCUGCAGCGGUUGCAGACGAAAAUGAGGCGCACGCCAAUCCAGCUGGCGCGGACCUGCAUGCCGUUAUUGAACGCGACAUUUUUGCAGCAACCAAUGGCAACAUCAAACUCAAGAGCUUCGCUGGUCUCCAGCGGGAAGCGGCAAAUUGUCAGGUUGUAUACAAAGCUCUGGUGUCCGAUGAAAACCUCGUGCCUUUGCUUAACGGUUCAGAUCGCGUAUGCAUCAAAAAAUUUGUCUUGGCACGACAAGAUGGCCUGAGCCGUGCCAAAGGAUUUGAGCGCGAAGUACGGGCGAUGCGCCGCCUCAAGCAUCCACAUAUCAUGCCUCUUCUAACGUCGUUUGUGGACCAAGACGUGGAUGGUGAUUGCCUAUGUUUGGUGAUGCCGUGGUGUGAGCACGGUGACCUUGGGGUCUGGCUCAAGAACACCGAGGUGCGCCGGGGGACGGUUGAGACCAUCGGGCGGAUGAUGCAGGAAACCCUGAGCGCUCUGGCUUACAUGCAUGCACAGGGCCUUGUUCAUCGCGACGUGAAGCUCAGCAACAUCAUGCUGCAUGGUCCCGACUUUUCUGUGCGCUUGGGCGACUUCAACAUUAGCAAAGUUGAGGCAACCAGAACGCAGCAGUCCAAGGUCACAGCCUCAAAGGGUACGCAAGGGUACAUGGCACCAGAGAUUGCCUGUGAUACUUCUGGGCGCAUAGGUGCGCGAACUUCGCAAGACGCCUACGCUUUUGGCUGCGUGUUGUACAACACGUACAUGUAUCCAAACGCGGUGCCUGAAUCGCGCAGCUUGACCGAGGAGAUCUGUGAUCGUUGUGCCUGGACGAGCAAAGACGCAGGUGCCCUGAAAUUUUCAAACUUAGCGGCCGAGAUGUGUGACGCGAAAGGGCAGUUGCAAGCUCAAACUCCACGAGCACAGGCUUUGAAGGUUGACAUGCCAAUUGGAGCACUGCCUCGAUUCUCAGCUGCAUCCGUGUUGCAUGUGGGCAGUCAGGAGCUGUGCAUGGAGGUUGAGGACCUCAUGCGGCGGCUAGCAGGCACAAGUAGUGGGGUGUCUUCGCAGAUCAAGGAUGCCGAGGUGGUCAAGGUGCUACGUGUCGAGAACCCGGUGUUGUGGGAGCAAUACGACGAACGGCGGCACGAGAUGCUGUCACGUCGGCGGACGUUUGAAGUCUGCACGCAAUUGCUCACGUCCCGUGAGUCGGCCCUGCCAGACACGCCAGAACUGUUGCUUGAGGCGCCUUGCCAAGAACGCCUGCUUUUCCACGGGCUGCGCAACGCUGGCGGUGAUAAGGCCAACACAGAUAAAUUGCGAGAUGAAAUCUCGCGCAUCGGAUUGGAUCCAGCUCGUUCUAGUCCAGAGUCGAAGUAUGGGAGCGGUGUCUACUUUGCCGAUCAUCCAGACAAGAGUCAUCUCUAUACCCAAGCCGAUGCCAAUGGUGUGCGCCUCAUGAUUUUGGCACGCGUUCUCCUGGGGCAACAUUACACCGGUGCCCACCAUCCCCAAGCCGCCACGCAGCCGCCGCCCGUGCUGGACGGAGAUGCUGAAUCUGAGCCAGGCGAACGAAGACGGCAUGAGAGCAUUGUUGUGGAGGAUUGCCUGUUCCGUGAGGUGGUCAUUUUUGACAAGAGGCAGAUUUAUCCGGAGCUGUUUGUAUUCUACAAGGCUGGCGAGCCCAGUCUUUUCGACGGCGCUCAGGGUUGAUCGUCUUGAAGCAUGCACAAGCCGAAUCACCUUUGAACACGCGGGCGUGGACGUAGAUUGUGAGAGGUACUGGAAAUCUGGACAACGAUAAUCAUGAUUCAACAUCCGAAUGUAAUAAUUGAUUUAUGCAGGUGG